AUGACGUCAGUAGCCGGAGUUCCGCGUGUUCGGAUGUGUUGUUAGUAUCAUACGUGGCUGUGGAAUACGAUGGAAAGGCGAGCAGUUUCAUCGAUUAUAUUUGACUUCGACAACACGCUGGUCGAUACAGCCGGUGCAGGACGAAUUGCCAUUCAGAAGGUGUGUGAGCUGCUGAAGUCAAUGCAUGUGCCGGAGAGCCACAUCAAAGACAUCUGUGAUCACUUUUUACGAAAGCUUCUCCACGAAUCAUUUGACCCAUCAGAAGGAAAAACAAUAGAUGAUGUGAGGAUCCAUCACUGGUAUGAAGCCCUUCAGGAGACGCAGGGCACAGAUCCUGAUCCGGCUCUGGCCAGCAGCUGCUACUACACAUGGAAGAACACAAGGUUACAGGUGCUGACUCUUACUCCUGAGGUUCGAUCUCUCCUGGAGGAACUGCAGAAGAACUACAAACUACUUCUGAUUACCAACGGCGAUACUCAGACGCAGUGGGAGAAGAUCGAAGCAGUGGGAUGUAAGGGUCUCUUUAGUUUGGUGGUAGUCGGAGGAGAUCAUCCUGAGGAGAAACCGGCACGCUCCAUCUUCACUCACUGCUUUGAGUCUGCAGGAGUCCAGCCACAGGACUGCGUCAUGGUGGGAGAUUCUCUCAGUACCGAUAUCCAGGGAGGCAUUGAUGCAGGGGUACGGGCCACUGUGUGGAUAAACAGUGACCGUAAAUCUCUCCCACAGGGCUCUGUGACUCCAGACUACACUCUACCUAGUGUACUAAAUCUGAAUGACAUUUUACUUGAAUUGAGAUGAUAUAUACAUAUGUGAACCUAAAGAUGCAACAAGGGUUUUUUUUUUUUUUCAAUUUGUAAAGAAAA